GCCUCUUCUCCUCGAGAUGGUUAAAGCAGAUUCGUAGGCGAAUGCUAGCGAGCGAUAGAGCGAACGAGGGAGGAGUGAGAGGGAAGCUGAGGUCAGUGAGGGGAUUCCGCCUUGGAGAGCGGAUUGCUGAGCCGGCGGAGAUAUAUUGUUAUUGGAUCGUUUGCGGCUGUAGCCGCUCAACGGCGGAGGAGGUGACCGGCCAAAGGGGCGGCUGCGGUUGACGCGUUUUCUGCUAGAUCUUGGACUUAGGCUUUUAUUGUUCUUGGGCAAGUAUCAGUUUUGAUGAUUUACCCGAAGUAGGAAGAUACAAUAAAUGUCGACCACCUCCCUCCAUUCUCAUAUCCUCUGAUGCAGCAUUCCUAUACAGUUUAGCUUCUACAUGAUCGUUUGCAUACAAAUUCUUCUUCUCUCAACGACUGCAUCAUCAGCUGUGUUUGGUGUGCGUUCAAGAGUGAAGAAGAGGAAAAAGUAGGGACCUGCUGUUGCUGCUGUUUACAGCUGCAGUAACCUCAAAGUCCCUCUUUUCCUGUUUCAUGUCUCCUAAAUUGGACAGCCCAGUUCAGACUCAAAUGGCUGUUGCCGUCCUUAAUCGAUCUCUCAAUAACGAGUACCAUGGUAUUAAGAGUAGCGAGGGAAGACCCUCUUGGAGGCGGCGAGUGUUUGUCCAAACUGAUACAGGUUGUGUCCUUGGAAUUGAACUGGAUCGUGGGGACAAUGCCCAUACAGUGAAGAGGAAACUGCAGAUUGCUCUUAAUGUGCCCACUGAGGAAAGUUCGCUGACAUUUGGUGAUCGUGUGCUGAAGAAUGAUCUCAGUGCUGUUCGAAAUGAUUCCCCAUUGCUUUUGAGCAGGAGCCAUAUUCACAGAAGUUCUUCCACCCCUUGUUUAUCUCCAACAGGAAAGGAUCUCCAAAAUAGAGAUAGGAGUGGUCCGAUUGAAAUACUAGGAUGCCCUAGUCGUUGCUUGGUAGCAAAACAGCUUGUGAAAAGUGUUGUGAAGGCUAUCAAAAGUGGCAUGGAUCCUAUACCUAUUCAUAACGGGCUUGGGGGUGCUUAUUAUUUUAGGAACAAUAAGGGUGAGAGGAUUGCCAUUGUUAAGCCAACUGAUGAAGAGCCAUUCGCACCAAAUAAUCCAAAGGGGUUUAUUGGCAAAGCUCUUGGUCAGCCAGGCUUGAAAAAGUCAGUUCGAGUUGGGGAGACUGGAUUCAGGGAAGUUGCUGCAUACCUUCUUGACCAUGAUAACUUUGCAAAUGUUCCUCCCACAGUUCUUGUGAAGAUCACACACUCGAUGUUCAAUGUGAAUGAAGAUGUUAGCUGUAACAGUAUGCCUCCAAACCGGAAUCAAAUUCCUAAAAGCAAAAUUGCUUCAUUCCAGCAGUUCAUAUCUCAUGACUAUGACGCCAGUGACCAUGGCACCUCAAAUUUUCCUGUUGCUGCUGUGCACAGGAUUGGAAUACUUGAUGUCAGAAUUUUUAACACAGAUAGGCAUGCUGGGAAUCUUCUCGUGAGAAAGCAUGAAGAUGGAGCUGCUAAGUUUGGUGGUCAAGUGGAGCUUAUCCCAAUUGACCAUGGUCUCUGCCUUCCGGAAACCUUGGAUGAUCCAUACUUUGAGUGGAUCCAUUGGCCUCAGGCAUCAAUCCCAUUCUCCAAUGACGAGCUCGAAUACAUCGCAAACCUCGAUCCAGUCAGAGACUCCGACAUGCUUCGAAUGGAACUUCCAAUGAUCAGGGAAGCCUGCCUUCGUGUUCUUGUCCUCUGCACCCACUUCCUUAAGGAAGCCGCAGCCUCCGGGCUUUGCCUGGCAGAAAUUGGUGACAUGAUGAGCAGGCAAUUCACAGGAAGGGAUGAAGAGCCAAGUGAGCUUGAAGUUGUCUGCAUUGAGGCAAGGAGUCUGAUAUCUGAAAAAGAAGUAUUCCUUCCAGAAACUAACAUAGAUGAAGAUCAAAUUCAGUUUGAUAUUGAUUGUGAAGAGAUUGACUCCAGGACUCCAAGCUACUAUUUUGGCAGGAACCCUCUGUCAAAGUUAGAUGAGAGUUUGGAGGACGACGACGAAGAAUAUGAAGAUAAAAAUGAUUUGUUUCCUAACGUCAAGCAAACUUUGAAUGCUUCGAAGCUGUCCUUUUCACUAAAAAGCAUAAGUCUUACUGACAAAAGUCAGCGUCAUCAUGGAAAAACUAUCAACAGCAGCGGAUGGAGUAGAAGUGCGAACGAGCAGCUGCCAGUAAGUGCGAGCUUUGUGAAUCUCGCAGAUAUGGGAGAGGAAGAGUGGGGAGCUUUCCUUGAGAAAUUUCUUGAGCUACUGCAGGGCUCUUUCCGUGGCAGGAAGUGCAGGAGCGCUGAGCAGAAACAGAGGAUGGGUACUUCCUGCCAGUUUUGAGUAGGAGAAAAUAGGAGCAUGUGAGGUGACUGCUUUCUUAUUUGCGUUCUUCCUCGUUAGUAGUUUGGUGUUUGUUGUGGUAGGUGUAAGGAAAUCGAAAGUGGGGUUUUUUUUUUCUUAAGAAUAAAGCCAUCGCAAUGGAAUCUCGAGAGUUGGAUUGAUGGAAGGCAGAUGGGAGAAUGAUGUUGCAUCUGUAUAUAUAAACUUAUGAUGUCCAAGUUUAAUAUCUGUUACAUGAUGAAGGUGAGUCUGAUGGCUUGCCUUUUUUUUUUCUCUUCCCUUUUUAUCUCUUUAUUAUAUUAUAUGUAGAUUCAUAUGUAGCUUGUCUGAACUUUCUGUGCCAAUCUUUUGAAGGAGGUUCAUUUAUGUGGACCUUAUUGGCUUUACAUUCA